GUAAAGAUAAGGCGACAGGAUUUGGUAAUAUCCCCGGAGGAGCCCUCCAAGUCGUCACCAUAUUCCACACGCCUCCUGUUAUUGCUUUACUUCCUCUGUUAAACUGGUAUUGUCUCGCUUCAACGACACACUGGACUGUUCGCACUUCAGGCGCGGGACAGCAUGACUGGUGGACUCAAGGACGGUGAAACUGACGAGGGAUUUCUGCACUCUCAGUUCAUCAGGAAACAAGGGAACAUAUACAAACCAAAUAACAGAGAGAUGGAUAACGACAGUAUGAGCGGGAUGAAGACGAUGCAGGACGUCCACACGAAAGAGAUCGACCUGGUGAACCGAGACCCCAAAUACUUAAACGACGACGUUGUCAAGGUGGAGUUCGAGGAUGUGAUCGCGGAGCCUCCAGGGACAUACAGCUUCGACGGCGUGUGGAAGGCCAGCUUCACCACCUUCACGGUGACCAAGUACUGGUGCUACCGUCUCCUUACCGCCCUGGUGGGAAUCCCGCUGGCGCUGGUCUGGGGCAUCUUCUUCGCCAUCCUGUCCUUCAUCCACAUCUGGGCGGUGGUGCCGUGCAUCAAGAGCUAUCUGAUCGAGAUCCACUGUGUCAGCCGUGUUUACUCCAUCUGCAUCCACACCUUCUGCGAUCCUCUGUUUGAAGCCAUGGGCAAGUGCUUCAGCAGCGUCCGCAUCAGCACCACCAAGGGGGUGUAGAAGAAGAGGAGGAAGAAGAGGAGAAUUAAUGGAGGAUGUGGGGAGGAUGGUGGGAAUGAGGUGAGGGCUGGAAACCAUAACAGAUUUUAAAGGGAGAGAAGACACCUGAAGAAACUGAAAGAAAAGAGAGGGAGCAACCUUUUUUGAUCAAAGAAGAGGGUGAGACAUUUCUAGAGCUGUGGGCGGGAUGUUGGCGGUGAGGGGGCGGAGACACAGAGAGUUCCUUGCCCCGCCUCUCUUUCUCGGUCUCCCUCGACGACUAUCGUUUCUCUCUCCAGUGCUGGUUUAACCAACAGGGGCACAUGAUUAUGUCAAGUCAUUCCUUGGGGUAUUUGUUUAUAUUUUUAAUUUUGUUUUUUGUUAGUGUUGUUUAUCAUUGCAGGAGCACCACCACGCUAGCCACCCCCACUCCAUUAUUCCUAACAUUAUUCCGAAAUGUUGUGUGAUCCUCUCUCUGAUUACAGCUUGUUGAAUGAAGGGGAUGAUUGGUUGAAUUAUUGAUUGAUUGAUUAGUUAGUUAAUUGAUUGAUAGGCCUAUAUGAUGGAUUUUAGUGUCCUCUCUGCUGGGUUUGUGUUCCUAUUUUUGGGAGGGUAAUGCUUUGAGUGCGGGGGAAGGGAUAUCCCUGUGCCUGUCCCAUUGCGUUGUUUGGAGAGAGUUGACAAAUCCCACCUGACACAGCACAAAAUCCUAGAGCCAAAACCCUCUCAACACCCCUCUCUCAGUCCCACUACCCCCCCACCUGACCCCCUCACACACCCUCCACCCCGCUAUGCCUGCCAUGACUCCGAGUCUGAAACACUGAACCUGCCCUUGUUUCUGCAUGCACCACCACCUCUGCAAAGCCACCGAGCCAACCAACACGCCGCUGUCAGUCUGCAUGUCCUGACAGACAGACAGGCAGGCAGACACCCGGGUAUAAGACAACCACCUGAUGACAUCAUAAUCACUCUCUCCAUCAACACUUGUUUUGUUCCAGCUCCAAUCCAAGCAAGAGAGAUGAAAUUUUAUGACAACAACCAAGUCUACGAACGGAACAGCCUUCAUGGUAUAUACCAUUUUUCUAUGUGACCGAGGAUGUUUUUUCAUGUUUGCCUUUGAAUCUCAAAAAAAUAUAACUUGAAGUUUGUUUCAUUACAUUCACACCUGUGGGAUCUUCUUUUAAAAUCAUGUGAGGUCUCUUCUCUGUAGAGGGAGGGUUGAACUUUCAAUGUUGAUGUGCAUUUGCUGUAGCCGUAGCUAAAUAACCAUGCUUUAUCUACACUUUAUGAAGAACUUUUUGUUUUGAGCUUUGUUUGCCCAAUUGUCUUUUAAAUAUAUAUAUUUUUUUUUUACUCCACUGUGAGUUUUGAGUUUAUUCCCUGAUUGAAUAGUAUGGUCUGGUGUAGACUUCUGCUUAUUGACUGUCGUCCACAGGAGGCUGCUGAGGCGAGGACAGCUCAUAAUGGCUGUAUGUGUUCGAUACCAUUUCAUCCGUUCCAGCCAUUACUAUGAGCCCGUCCUCCCUAACUAAAGUGCCACCAGCCACCUGUGCCACAGCUCCAACCAAGGACUAUCAGCUAAUACAGUGCUCUCAGAAAGUGGUCAGACCUCUUCACUUUUUCCACAUUUUGUUACAUUACAGCAUUAUUCUAAAAUUGAUUAAAUUAUUUUUUUAAACUCAUCAAUCAUCAGAAUGUCCUCAUCAAUCUACACACAAUACCCCAUAAGGACAAAGCGAAAACAGGUUGUUUGAAUUUUUUUGCAAAUGUAUUAAAAAUAAAAAACUGAAAUACCUUAUUUAUAUAAGUAUUCAGACCCUUUGCUAUGAGACUCUAAAUUGAGAUCAGGUGCAUCCUGUUUCCAUUGAUCAUCCUUGAGAUGUUUCUACAAAUUGGAGUCCAUCUGUGGUAAAUUCAAUUGAUUGGACAUGAUUUGGAAAGGCACACACCUGUCUAUAUAAAGGUCCCACAGUUGACAGUGCAUGUCAGAGCAAAACCAAGCCACGAGGUUGAAGGAAUUGUCCUUAGAGCUCCGACACAGGAUUGUGUCGAGGCACAGAUCUGGGGAAGGGUACCAAAACAUUUCUACAGUAUUGAAGGUCACCAAGAACACAGUGACCUCCAUCAUUCUUAAAUGGAAGAAGUUUGGAACCACCAAGACUCUUCCUAGAGCUGGCCGCCCAACCAAACUGAGCAAUCGGGGGAGAAGGGUCUUGGUAAGCAAGGUGAGCAAGAACCCAAUCGUCACUCUGACAGAGCUCCAGAAUUCCACUGUGGAGAUGGGAGAACCUUCCAGAAGGACAACUUUGCAGCACUCCACCUAUCAUGCCUUUAUGGUAGAGUGGCCAGACAGAAGCCACUCAGUAAAAGGCACAUGACUGCCCUCUAGGAGUUUGCCAAAAGGCACCUAAAUACUCUCAGACCACGAGAAACAAGAUUCUCAAGCGUCAUUUCUGGAGGAAACCUGGCGCCAUCCCUACGGUGAAGCAUGGUUGUGGUAGCAUCAUGCUAUGGGGCUGUUUUUCAGCAACAGAGACUGGGAGACUAGUCAGGAUUGAUGAAAAGAUGAACGGAGCCACGUACAGAGAGAUCCUUGAUGAAAUCCUGAUCCAGAGCGCUCAGGACCGCAGACUGGGGCGAAGGUUCAUCUUCCAACUGGAGAAUGACCCUAAGCACACAUUCAAGACAAUGCAGAAGUGACUUUGGGACAAGUCUCUGAAUGUCCUUGAGUGGCCCAGCCAGAGCUGCUUCUAGUACCCAAACGAACAUCCCUGGAGAGACGCUCCCCAUCCAACCUGACAGAUCUUGAGGAUCUGCAGAGAAGAAUGGGAGGAUCUCCCCAAAUACAGGUGUGCCGAGCUUGUAGCGGCAUACCCAAGAAAAUUCGACACUGUAAUCACUGCCAAAGGUGCUUCAACAAAGAUCUGAGUAAGGUGUCUGAAUACUUAUGUGAAUGUGAAAAUUCAUUUUUUUUUUUAAUUAGCAAACAUUUAAAGAAAAAAAAUGUUUUUGAGGGGAAAAACUAUUUAAUAAAUCUUAUAAUAAGCUGUAACAAUAACAAAAUGUGGAAAAAGUCAAGUGGUCUGAAUACUUUCCGAAUGCACUGUAGGUCUCCCAACCCUGAAAUCACUGCUGUUUGAUAGCGAAUGGGGGCAUGUUUUUUAAUAUACUGACAUGAAGCACACUUUGUCUGCGUCCCAAAUGCCCCCUAUAUAGUGCAUUAUAUAAGGAAUACCUGCUCUCUGUGAGGAUGGUAAAUAUUAGCACGUUGCUUGAUUGAAUGAAAAAGGUCAUAUGUAUUUUUAUAUUAAAAUGACAUUUUCCUUCCCUUGCUUUUACUGUACAAUCUCACGUCACUGUGCACAUUAAAAUGUAAUAUAAUCCCAUCUGCUAGUGAUGCUUGCUUGUUAGGUUUGUUUUGUUUUGUUUUGUUUUGGUUUGUAAAUCUGUCUCUCAUUGAGGAGAGGUGAAUUUUUGUCAUAUGACUCUGACCUUCGUUUGUCCAUAGAUAGAAUGUGAUAUUUAGACUACAUUGUGCAAAUACACCUACACUACCGUUCAAAAGUUGUGUCACGUAGAAAUGUUCUUGUUUUUGAAAGAAAAGCACAUUCUUUUGUCCAUUAAAAUAACAUAACAUUU